CCGUUUAUGUUUGCAUAUGUUUCUAUAAAUUGCUGCACAUAUGUCUCAUUUUUCUAAUAAUAUAUGAAAGAAAUUAUGGGUGGCUCGAGACUUUAGCACAUGACUGUAUUUUAAAAUAUAUUGCUGUAGUAAAGUUUGAAUUAAAAACCUAUUUUUCGCCAGGCCAGCAGGUGGCGCGAUUACAAUGAUAAACUCGUUCGAAGUACAUAUGUAAUUUCCGGGAUGAGAAACAAACGUUAGCCGUAAAAUCUAGUAUUUUGCUUAUUUUAACGACAGAGCGUUGCAGAAUUUAGCUGUUUUGUUUUACAUUUAAGAGCUUAUCCCAACACAGUUUGUUGGGCUAAAAUAGCUUUUUGUACGUCUGCCUUUUACCCGCCAUUAAAAUGAAGAAAAGGAACUCCGAGAAAAAACGCCAUGUGGUUGCAUGGGUCAACAAAGCUGAGUGGGACCAGGUUCUGGAGUAUCUUUACUCCAAGGAUGUCUCUCUACAGAAGUAUGCAGUGCACAGGAUAUCAGCCUGGAGAGGCAGGUAUGCCAACAGCACUCCCGUGGCCGUGGACUGCACCGCUGACCUGGUGAGGUGCCAGGUCCUGGACCGGGCUGGACAGCUGAACGGGGAUGAUCUGGUCCUGCUGUAUGGUGCGGCCCUGGUGAGGUUUGUGAAUUUGAUCACGGAGAAGCAGCAGGGUAAAACAGCCCGCCCACUGCGGCGGCUGGCCGGGAAUCUGAACAUCCCAGAGUGGGUCGUAGAUCUGAGGCACGAUUUCACACAUCGGAAGCUCCCCACUUUGAAAUGGUGCAGGAAGGGAUGUAAGGUGGUUCUGGAGUGGCUCCAGCAGGAAUACUGGUCCAGGCAGCUUGGAGGAGGCACUGAUGAGGAUUGGGAAUCACAGUCUGAUGGAGAAGAUGAAGAGAUUGACCUGAAGCACAAGGAAGAUGAGCUCAUUGCCAAACAGAAGGAGAUGGAAGCCUACAAGACAGCUCGGGAACUCCUGAUAUCUUAUGAAAAAGAACAGUACCAGUCUUUUGAUGCACUUCAAGAAGACAAAGAGAAAAGCUUGUGGCAGGCUCCCUUUGCAGACAUGAGUUGGUUGCUGGGGGAGAUCAAGCAGUUUGCUUUGGAGUCGAGUGAUUUGCUGAUUGAUGUGCUGUUGGAAGAUGGAUUUCUGGUUCCUACAGUGGAGCAGCUAGAAACGUUGGGCUGUGACUCCUCUGAGAACCCCUAUCUCACAGAACCCAGACUCCCUCAAGCAUUCUUGCGUUUUUGGCUGCCUCUGCUGAAGAUGCUCAACUCACCAUCUUUUAUUCACCAACUUCUGGAGAAGCUCUUUGUGGAACUGAAGCUGCUCACCAAAGAGCAGAAUAACCACAGGGCUUUCUACAUUUCUGCUUGGACCUCAGAGAUCAUCCUCUGUAACAGCAACAAAUUUGAGUACCGUUUUGAAACAAAGGUGCAAAAGAAGGCCAGACUGAAGGAAAGGAUUUUUGUAAACCGUAUCCAGCUGAGGUGGCAGCAGCUGCUCUCAGCAUGCCUGGAUGCUCCCUGUAUCAGCACGCCUCACUUGCUCCGGUUAAUCCUGGAUGACAUGGAGCAUCCCCUCCCAUUGGAAACACGGCAGAAGCUGCACCAGCUCUGCUCCAUCUACACACAAACCACACACACCGAGUGUAGCACUUCUCAGGUGCAGAAACAACAGCCCAUAUACACUCUGGAGAGUUUGCACGAGAAGGGGCAGCUCAGCCAUAUGUGGCGUAAUGGGGCUGACUCGGAGUCCUCCCUCGAGUACAAGUGGGCAGAUGUUCUGGCUGAAAAGGCAAAGAUGCUCAGAGGUUCUCCCUGGCAGAUGUGCACUGAUAAAAUCUUGUGGAAGAACUUUCCGCUUGGAAAAGUUCCUGGACAGUCAGAUGACCCUUCGUACCUCAUGAUAGAAAACUACUCCACAAUGACUGUUUUUGACCAGCCAGUGGAGCUGGAGAGCAACACCACACACAGCAUCCCUGGAGUCUCUUCACCUACACGAACACCUGAAGGCCUUCUCUGGAACCAAAAUGAUGUUAGCAGACUGAAAACUGGGCUGAAACUUUUUUGAAUCAUGUUCUGACUAAAGCAGAUGUUCUGUAAAAUGUUUGUUUUUUCAUGGUAGUAUAUUUUGUUGUAACAAACACAGUUUUGAAAAUAUGUACCUUUUCUUUCCUAAGACAAGAUUUUAGUCUCAUUCUAGCUGUAAAUGUGCCUGGCAAAGAGCCUGAACCUGAGAACGUAUUCUGUUUACCAUCAAAAACAGGCAUCGGAGCCUCAUAUUUAUGAAGAUGGAAUUAGCAAAUGUUCAUAAUUUGGCUUGAAAGUCAUUUACACAAUAAGUUGACUGUGUUAAGGACUAAUCAGCUGAUUGUUGCACCUCAACUAAUCAGUUAUUGGGAUUUAUCAGUUAAAUGGUCCAAGACUCCUGUGUGUAGAUUGACUGCUUUUCUCUGUGUAGUGUUUUUGUGUUUUUUUGUUUUGUUUUGUUUUUUAACUAAAAUUUUAAGAAAUUACGGAAAAUACUCAUAAUUUCUCAAUUCUUAGGGUGAUGUAUCCAAACAAGCUGAUCACAAUUUCUUGACAAGCUUCUUGACAUUUUACUGACCAUCUGUUGGUUCUGGAGAAAAUAUAUCAGAUUGGCAAUGAAAGCAGUUCGAGUGCAGCCUUUAUGAAAAUCACUUGUUAAAAGGCUUAAUGUCUAUUUUCCAUAGGUGCACAGAAAAAAAGUGGAAUUAAUGCAGGCAGUUAAACAUUUUCUGCACACAACUAAAUAUGCUGCGAAAUCUGCAAAUGACAAUAUUUAUGUGAUGGUCAUUUAAAGAGGGUCAUCUGAGGGUUUUAUUUGGCAACUAUUAGUUUUCAAGUUAAUUUCAGCCAGAAACCCCAGAAUGAGGGUAAUGUGUGCGUGAGGCUGCUCUUUUCUGUCUUAUGAAGAAUAAAGCUUGUUCUCUA